GUCAGAGGACACAAGACAAGAGGACAUAGGACAGGAGGAACGGGGGGACGUGUAAACCUUCACCGACAGAAAUGAGAAUGGGACAGCAAGCUGGGAAAAGCAAGCUGCAGGGUAAGGCCGUGGACAGGACUAGUGGAGAAGGAAGAAACAGCACUGAAUAUAAAUGGACUAACACCAGUGAAGAGCUACUAGAAUCGGAGGACAGCAGCAUAGAGGCUGAAGACCUCAGCAGUGACUUGAUUGAGCAGUUUAUCCAGCUGUUCAGCGAAAAGAAGCUGGCGAUUGAAGGAUACCUCAAGCAGCUCAACGAAAUAGCUGACGGGCUGGAUGAAGUUAACAAGAAUUCUGCCAUCGCUAAGACUACAGGGAGCUGUGUUAGUGUAGCCGGGGGGGUUAUGACCAUUGCAGGGUUGGUAUUGGCUCCUUUUACAUUGGGAGCCUCCACUUUACUGGCAGGAGUUGGGCUUGGCGUUGGUGUGCUAGGAGGAGCCACAGCUGUCGGCACAGAAAUAACCAAGGCAGUCAUCGAUGGAGGCGAAAACGAAAAAGUAGCAGAAAUACUAAAAAACAUCGAGUCCGCAAUGAGCCAGCUUGAUAAAUCAGUGGGGAAGGCAUGUCACACAGUUUCCAAAUGGGAUGAAAAUGGUUUCGAGAAGAUUGUAAAAGCCACUGGUCAACUAGGAGUUAAGGGUGCCAGCGCUGCAAGCGCCCUGUCCAGAGUUGUACGAGUGUCCCUCUCCAAAGGGGCCAGGAUAGCAGGAGGGGUCGUUGCUGGAGUGUUUGUGGCUCUGGAUGUCUAUGACAUAGCGAAGAACUCCAUCGACAUUCACCAAGGAUGUAAAAGCGAACGCGCAAAAGAGAUUCGCAAGCUGGUGGAAACCACAAAGUCAGAUCUAGCGGAACUGGAGGACGUCUGUUCAGAUAUGAAAAAGCUCCGUGAGCUGCGGGAAGCAGACUUGGACAGGACUGUGAGGAGGAGGAGACACGGUUCUGAAUGUGAUUUAACUGAUCUGACUGAAGAGCUGGAGAAGGAACCACAGGGCAGCAGUUUGACCAUGGAGCUGGACCCUGAAAAUAGGAGGACCAGGGAAAAGGAAACCAGGGAACUUCCAGUAGUUGCUGAGGCUGUUUUUCCAGUCCGGAUCAUUGCUAAAGUGGGGGCUGCAUUGGGCUUGAGCGUUUUGGCAGUAUUGGCUAUACUGUCCACAGAAGACCCAAUUUCUGUAGGAGUCAUAGUGUUAAUGUUGCUUCUGCUGGUGUUGCUGGUGUGUUUGACUGUACAGCUGUCAUGGCAGAUACAGUGAAUUAGACAGUUCUGCCAGCCAAGCACAUGUCCACAGCAACUUCACUCUUCAAGAAUGAAAAUAAGACAGUUUGAUCCAUUCCUGGUUUUGCUAGGAGUUUAAUGAGACACAACUGAGCUUGUGGCUAUUCACGCCCCUAAUAAAACUUGGAGUGGGUGAAACUACUAUGCAAAAUGAGUCUCAUUUCCAUACCUGUAUUAGUAUUAAUCAUAUUAUAAAUAUUGGUUUAAUAUUAUCAUUCAUUCACCCUCGUAUUUUCUGAUUUUAAGAUAUAUACAUCAGAAUAAAUUACAUCAUACAUUUGAAUAGUAUUUAUUAGCAAUAAGACUGUGGUAACUAAUAAUAAGUUCGCUAUGCUGUAAGAUGAAUACUACUAUGCAAUCUGUAUGGGCACUGUUUAAGAGUGGGGCAUUAUAACCUCAGAUUCAGUUUAUGUUGGAUAUCCUACUGCAGGCUGACAUGUAAUGAGUUAUGAUGUAUAAUCUAAAUCUAAGCACAACUGUGUUCUGUUUUGUAUACCUUGUGGUUUGUUAAAUAUAUUAACUAUUGUAGUUUUUUUUAGCAGAUAAACAUUGUACUUUAAUAUUGGUGCUCAAAUAAUGUCAUAUUCAAUAAAAACAAAACUUG